AUGGACAGGAAAAUGCUCACCUGGCUGGUAGCGCUACUUAUUGCUCUGUCUAUACCGUUUCUCUCGCGCCAGCUAAAGUCAAGUUGGAAAUACCUCCGAAACACCGCCAGAAUGGACCAGCUAUCAGAAGCGCAAAAGUCUCGUCUAGACGAGGUCGCCAAUUUGAUGCUUGAAAUAUAUGAAACACUAGCCAAAAUGCGCUAUAUAGACCCAGCCGGUAUCAAAGAGGGGCCACACGAUACUAGCAGCUUGCAAUCCCAGUAUGAAGAGUACGGACUAGACCCUACCAUCAAGUAUCUAUAUAGCAUUCUGCCAUACAUCGAUGCGGCUGCCGCUGGCAACUCUGACUUCUUGCAUGGGGGCGAGUUUGCAAAUUUUCUGGACCCCGAACAAGUAGAACAGGGGCGGGAUCCUUUCUAUGCGAGUCCCGAAGGGGACGAUUUUGAGGCCGAAAAUGGACCGUAUAUGCGUCCGUGGGUCACUGCGCUAUCACAACUUGGUAAUCACGGGAGUGUGAUUUUGUACGAUGCCAAAAGCCAUCAAAUCUGGAUAAUCGACCAAGAAAGCUGGGCAAGUACCGAUCUGGCCCUGGAAGGUAUGCAGACAAAAGAGAUUACCAGCGUUAACGACAAUAGCUUCGAUCAUAUCCCUGGCCGACCGGCUAGAGACGUCUUGCGGGAUAUAAACGGCUGGUAUCGUUCUCUUGAGGCACUACCUGGAGGCGGGGAACGAAGUUGGCUUGACUGGGAUCAUUGGGAUGAAAUCUUAGGUUUAAAGGGCCUUUAUCAGAGAAAUGGCUGGCCCGAUGAUCUUGACGGCGACAGUUUUGAGAUAGGUCGGGCACGGGGCUAUGCCGCUUCUCGUGCAAAGUGGUUUGCUGAAGAGCCGUUGAGGCAGGUAGAAAAGUACCAGUUAUGGAAAAAAUUCGGAGAAGACCGAAAGAAGGCGGCAAUGAAUGAGGCAACGAGCAUGGAAGAUGAAUGGGUUGCACAAUUCACAGUAUGGAAGCAAAAUCGAAACUUGGCACAGCACAUUAAACGUCUACGCGAAUCCAAAGACAUAGCAGAGAGGCUCUGUCCCAAUGGUGUGUGUCAGAAAAGAGAAGACCUCCCACUUUGGGAAUUGGAAUUCCUACAGAAAGAACAUCAAGACAAGCAAGACGAUCUAUCCCGGAGCAGAGAUAUGAUUGAGCAAUACAAGGACAAUAAGAAUGAUCUCUCAGGGGGAGAGGAGGAGGAGGAGAAAAUGGCUAAGAUUGAACUUAAUCAUGCCAUCAAAACAGAGUCGAUUUAUCGGCGAGCAGUCGUGCAGGCCAAAGCUGAUGCAGACCGACUGUGUCCGGGGAAGACUUUGCAGUCAGCGUUGGGAAUCAACGCAGACGAUCUAUAUAGCCGUCAUCACCUGCAAGAGCAACCAAAUCUUAUCCAAAGAGAAAUUGAGGCUUUGCAAGAGUGGCUAGUGACCGUGCCUAGCGAUGUUGUCAAGGCAAAAGAGAUGGCUUUGAACGAAAUUUCCAAAUUUGAGAGUUUUAGAACGAAGCCUUCGGAUGGUUAG